GAGGGAAGGGCGCGGCAGGGGGGGUGGUGGCGGUGGGAGUGUGACCGGGCGUGGGGCCGCUCGUGCGGGACGGUGGCGCGAUGGCGCGGGGCGGCAGAGCCGUUAUUUAGGGGGUGUCGGCGCAGCAUGGGGCGCCCGGAGGCGGCAGCGCCAGGAAUUCCAUGCAGCAUGUUUUCUGGGUGGAACUGGGUGGCCCAUGGCUUCUGUCUGCUCUUGAAUAUUUACUCUCUUGAAGUUUCAGGUGGACUCGUACAGUCAUGUGGUCACAUUAUCCCGGAGUCUCCUGUAUUGGCCCUUGGUUCUAACUUCACAGCAUUAUGCAUUUUGAAUGAGAGUUGUCUUGACUUUGGCAAUAUCUAUGCUAAUCAAAUUAUCUGGAAAAUUAAAAAUAGAGUGGUACCUAAAGAGCAGUAUCAUGAAAUAAACAGAACAGUUUCCAGUGUCACAUUUAAUGACACUUCUUCACUAGCUACUCCUCUGACAUGCAACAUUUUAGCAGAUGGACAGAUUGAGCAGAACAUUUAUGGAAUUACAGUUACAAUAGGCUUGCCCCCAGAGAAACCCAAGAAUUUAAGCUGCAUUGUGCAUCAGGUGUCAGAACUUAUAUAUCCUAUGAAUUGUACCUGGAACCCUGGAAGGCAUACGUUCCUGGACACUCACUUUAGGUUGAAAUACAGAUGGCCACAAGAGAACUUUCCUGACUGUAUACCAAAAGAUGUAAACAAUUCUUGUACGAUUACUGAUGUUCAGUUCUUUGUUAACCUGGAGGUCUGGGUAGAAGCAUCAAAUGCUCUUGGAAAGGCUGAAUCUGAUCCUCUUGUUCUUGAUCCUAUUGAGAUUGUUAAACCUCUGUCUCCACACAACUUAUCAGUCAACUCAGGAAUACUACCUACUGUUCUGAAGCUUUCCUGGGAGAACCGGAUUUCAGCAGCUGUAAUGAAGCUGAAAUUCAAUAUUCGCUAUAGGAUCAUUGGUGACACAAACUGGAUGCAGGUUCCUCCUGAAGAUACAGCUUCACCAAGAACUUCGUUCAGUGUUCAAGGGCUCAGACCCUACACAGAGUACGUCUUUUCAAUUCGUUGCAUGAAGGAAGAUGGAGUGGGCUACUGGAGUGACUGGAGUGAAGAGAAAACUGGGGUCACCACUGAAGACAAACCAUCUAAGGGACCACCUGUAUGGAGGAUUAUUGAUGCAUCUCACACACCAGCUUCCUGGACUGUGCAUCUGAUGUGGAAGGCAUUGGAGCCAUUUGAAGCCAAUGGAGUAAUCUUACAGUAUGAAGUGACCGUCAGAGCUAAAUCAUCUCUCUCCAGUCCACCAGAGAAAUACAAAGUUAACACCACCAAUCUUACAUUAAAGCUGCCAAAUGGAACUUAUGAAGUGACUGUGAUUGCCCAUAACAGAGUUGGGGCAUCCCCUCCGUCAGUUUUACUUAUCCCAGCUAGUAAUUCAAAAGCUCCUGUGAAGAACGUUAGAACACUACCUAAAGAUGGCAAGUUGUGGGUAAGGUGGACUGCUCCUAACAGUUACGUUCUUAAAUAUGUGAUCGAAUGGUGUCUGGUAUCCAACAGCUCAGACUGCAUCAUAGAAUGGCAGAACGAACCAGGAAAUGUUCAAGGAACAUACUUAAAAGGUGAUAUAAAGCCGUUCAAGUGUUACUUGAUAACUGUGUACCCUCUCUAUGCUGAUGGUCAGGGAAGUGGACAGUCUGUGAAGGCUUACCUUCAGCAGGAUCGUCCUUCAAAAGGACCAACUGUUCAGACAAAAAAGGUUGGAAAAGCUGAAGCUGUUUUGACAUGGAACCAUCUCACUGUGGAUGAACAGAAUGGAUUUAUCAGGAGUUACACCAUAUUUUACAAAACUAUUGAUGGAAAUGAAACAGCUGUGACAGUGGAUCCUUCAAAGACAGAGUAUACCCUUUCUUCUCUAACAAGUGACACACUGUAUACUGUGCGGAUGAUGGCAUACACAGAUGAAGGAGGCAGAAGUGGUCCUGAUUUUACCUUUACUACACAAAAAUUUGGGAAAGGAGAAAUCGAAGCCAUAGUGGUACCUGUCUGUCUAGCGUUCCUGUUGAUUGUGCUCCUUGGAGUUUUGUUUUGCUUCAACAAACGUGACUUAAUUAAAAAGCAUAUCUGGCCUAUUGUCCCUGAUCCAUCCAAGAGUAACAUUGCUCAGUGGUCUCCUCAAGUUCCAGCUAAGCAUAACUUUAGUUCCAAAGAUCAGAUGUACCCAGAAGGCAGCUUUACAGAUGUAAGCGUCGUAGAGAUAGAAGCUGAUGACAAGAAGUCUUUUUCAGAACAAGAUCUAAAACCCUUUGACUUGCUUAAAAAGGAAAAAAGUACUUCAGAAGGGCACAGCAGUGGUAUUGGAGGAUCCUCGUGCAUGUCUUCUCCUAGGCAAAGUGUUUCUGACAGUGACGAAGGUGAAACUACACAAAACACUUCAAGCACUGUACAGUAUUCAACUGUAGUACUUAAUGGCUACAGAGACCAAACACCUGUACAAGUCUUUUCAAGGUCUGAGUCAACUCAGCCACUGCUAGAUUCAGAAGAGAGAUCAGAGGAUCAUGCUGGAGGAGGUGACAGUACAACACAGAGGCAGCAGUAUUUCAAACAAAAUGGUGGUCAGGAUGAAACCAACACAGAUGGGCCAUGCUUUGAAAGAAGAAAGCAAACUACUGCUAACGAGGGGGAUCUUGUUGGAUUUGCACAGCUGCAGAUGUCAGGUCAAAGUUCACAGCCAUUGGGCCUUGGGCUGGAAAAAAAUACACAGGAACCAGCUCUAUCAGAUGUUUUGCAGUCAAGUACUGAAGGACAAACUGUGAGACCUGAAGCAGUGGAAGGAAAUCCAUCAUCAAUUGAUGAAAUGCCAAAAAGUUACCUCCCGCAGACUGUGAGACAAGGGGGCUAUAUGCCUCAGUGAGAGAAAAGACUGGCUCUGUUUAGGCCUUCAUUAGUGCCUCUUCACACUUUCUCCUGUGUUUCUCAUAAAUUAAGCUAGUUAUUUUUAUCUGAAUACAGAUAGAAAUACUGAAAUUAAGUGAAGAGUAAUUUGACGAAGUACAAUAAGGACUGUGGUUUUGUGGAAAAUUUGCAGUCCAGACUUACUAAAGACUUUUAUGCACUACAUAAAAUCUUAUGUCUGGAUAGCUGAACAAGCCUUUGUGCUACCUUGGGUUUUUGUGUAUUGUCAUAUCAGAUUUACACAUGAUUGAAAAUGGCAGGUUUCGAUUAAUCACAUCAGCCAAUACACCUCCUAGAAGAAAUACUUCCAUUUGUGACAGUGUACAAGCCUAAAAAGCCAGCUUUAGUUGCUUGGAGCAUCUUUGUGCAAAAGUAAGACUGAAGCUUAGUAUUCUAACUUGGAAGAAUACUUGUCAUACACUUUUCAGUAGCCUGUCUGACUUUCUGAAUUUUGACUUGGCCCAGUGUCUCAUUUUCCAGCUUACCAGACAUGCAAAUCAUGUCGAUCCCCAUUUAAAAAUUAUAAAAAUUAAAUAGAACUUGCUAUGGUGUGCAAAUAAAAAAACACCAUGGUUGCUUGACUCUGAAUGCUACUAUAGUAAUUGAUAUUCUGCCUACAUUUAGAUAUGCGUGCGCAUGAAUUAUAUAAUAAUUUGGCCUAAAAACGUGCCUUGCAACUUGACACAAAGCAAUUCAGUCUCAUGUUCAAAAGCUUAAAAAUCCAGAAGAAAACAUGGAUUAACAGUUAUUUAAAGGUUUUGUACCAAAAUCACUGUCUGAUUACACCAUACCUCUCCAGUCAUGUAAAUUGCCUUUAUAUAAAGUGCACCCUUGCUGUACACAGCUUGAGAGGCAGGUAAUGAGCUAUUUUUACCAUUUUACUAACUGCGCAAGGGAAUAUGACCUCCUUCCUGAUUGACUACAGUGAUCAGUGUGCUGCAACCUCACUGCUAAUGCCCCAGGACCUCCUCAAAACUGAAAGCAGCAAAAAACCAAAGUAUUGAAGUCACUGAAGCUCUCAGAAGAAAAAAUUUCAAUGUUACUGGUAGUAUGAAUCUAUUAGCAAUUAACAUUUAGAUGGUUGUUAAAAUCCCUUACUUUUUUCCUAUGUCUCACUUUUCCCCUGUUCAUAUGGUUUGCAUUUUAUUGAAGAAGAGACAUUUCUUGGAGCCUGCCUCUAUCAAGGUUUAAAAAAAAAAAAAGAAAUUACAUUAAAAUAAGCCCCUUCUCCAGAGGUAACAAGAAAUUUUAUGGCGCUCUGGUUUUUUUCCACCUUAACUUAGUCUAGUCAGCUUUCUAAUCUGACACUAACAAAACCUUAAUUCAAAACACUAAAUGCUGUGUUGUGAGAACAAGGGGUUUAUUUCUCCUUCAGCAAAAGAAAUAUGUUUUUAAGACCACCUGAAACCUUUUGAGCUGUGACCUCCGGUGCUGCUGCUCCGCAAAGCACUUGCUAAAGGCCCUGGAAAGGCAGGUGUCAGUAUCAUUUCAGCCUCCCCUGUCCUUGUCUCCAGCUUGCAUGGAAGGACAGGUAUACAUAUAAAUGCUCACAUGUCUUCUGCUUUUGUUACAAAUAAAUUCAAUGCUAGAGUAAAUUCUUAAGAUUACUUCUUGAAGUCUGGACUAUUUAAAACAGAUAAAGAAUGCAGAAUCUUUAAUAACAUUUCAGUAUUCCACAGUUCCUUUCUCCCAACAGUAUUUUUUUAUCUGAGCAUUUUUUUAAACUAAAAGGCUAUGUUGCAGCUUACUGUAACUACACCUUUCUUCAAACUAGUCCCCUUCCUUUCUCCCCACUCAACCUCACCAUCUUCAAACUCCCUCCCAGAGGGCAGGGGCAUAAUGAAAACUAUGCUGUCACAAGACAGCAGAGAUGAUCUUUGGGUUUUUCAGAGGUUGAAGGAAUAUUCCCUUGUCAUUCCUUGUGGAAAAUAAUAGCAGUUACUUUACUAGGGGAUGGGUUGUUUUUUUUUCUAUGCAAACUUCAUAGUGACUGUAGAAACCACAAGAAAAAGAAAAGUCUCUGAUCUGUGUGCAUGCUUAUUAGAACUGCCCUGCAGCCACGUGCUUCUAAUCCACCUCCUCAUUUCUGAAAUCUUGCUGGGCCAUGACCUGGCUACUUAAUCUGAACAUUGCUUCAAAGGCCUGGCUGUUUUCAAAAACAUGUUGAUGACCUUUUUUUUUAAAAAAAAAAAAAAAAGUGAUCCAGUGAUACUAACUUUUGAUAGCAUAUGUGAUAUUUGAGGGACAGCUUCGGUUAUUCCUGAAGUUGUUAUUUCCCUUUCUGUUGUGUAAAGGGAAGACAUUUUUUUCUCAGUUGUUAGUCAUGGGUCAUUUCCAAUGUUAAACAAACAGUGUCAAGUGAUUCUCAUUUUUAAAUGUGUGUGCUAACAAGAGUUCUGGCCUGUCACUCCUGGCAUCUUUCUUUGUUGUUUACUGGCCAGUGGUAAUAAACUCAGAAUUGUGCAGGAGUGUAUCCUAGAGAGAAUUCUGUUGUUCUGGCAGAGUUAUAGUCUAUCUUUCAGGCUUGUGUAUUUAUGUAGGGCUAAAAUACUAAAGACUAAGCAGGAUGUACUGCUCGGUGAGCAGCUUGUAGAAGCCACAAUAUAUAAAUAACAGGUUUACAGCUACUUCACAAACCUAUGUGCCAAAUAUUAUAUCAUGCAGUGUUCAGGCUUUAACUUGAUUUUGUACUUUGGAUUGUUAACAAUCUAAUUGUAUCAAACAGCUGCAUACAGGUUUUUAAGAGUGUCUGUAAUGUAAUAAUAGCAAUCCACUUAAAUUCUCAGAACUUGGCCAUAAUAUAGUAAUUAAAGAAAAGGUUCCACCCCCAAUAACUAUGGUGGACUUUACCUAAUAAAGGCAUUAUUAAAUCACACUUCAGUAUUGACACUUGCAUAUCCACCUUGAUUUCCUGGACUGGAAUGCUUCAGGCAGGGGUGGGGAAAAUAGUUGUAAAGACUAUUACAACGGGUAGUGAUAAAGACCUUGUUACCUUGGUGUCAGGGAAGGGAAGCUAGUAGAAACAGAAAGUAUUUUUCUGUAUUGGCAUGUUUGAAACAUCUUUUAAGUGCAGGCUGGCUAACUGCUCCUCUGUCUACAAGAAAAGUGAAUACAUUUACCACCAUAGUGCUCUUGUAGUGGUCCUGUUAAAACAGGAGAUUGUUGGGGUUGUUUCUGUGGUGUGUUGGCCUGCUUUCAGGGCUCUUAGUCUGGGAAUAUCCUCUCCCACUGUAAUGAAAGUCUUGGGAUUAUGUUCCAUACAGCCUACAGUAGUAAACUCAACUGCCUGUUAAGCCUUAACCUGGCAGUCCAAAGCACAGCAGAGCAAAAAUUUUUCUAAACUUCCUUCUGGAGCCUUUGUGAUAAGCAUGUGCCUAACCAUGCUACAGCAGUCUAGCAAAAUGCUGAUUAUCAGGACUGGAAAAAACUUUGGUCCUGGGAGGAGGAGGAGGGAGUUUGCACACGAGGGCCAAGUCUGGUUCCUGGGCGCUGGAGAAGCCCCAUGGCCUGAGGUGGGGUUUGCAGCUUCAGCUUUGACUGUAAAUCAUGAGCACCACCAGAUGGUUAAAAUUUACAUUAGUGUGCCCAAUAUGUAGAAAUCACCAUUUAACUUCAGGAACUGAACUUGUUUAAUUAGUGACAGGUCUUGGGUAUUCAAGACCUAUGUCUAUAUAUGCUGCUAUGGUAUUGACUUCACCGAGGGAUCUGAAACUCCAAAAACUCUCAAACUUUUAUAUAGUCAGCCCUGUUCCAGGACAUACAGGUUUUAAAUUGUAAUUUAUGUGCAUUAAACGGGACUAAAUACAGUAGUUUGUUUUCCCUGAGACAGUUGUAAUUGAGAUUAACUGUUAUUUGGAUUCAUUCCUUUAACUAUGUUAAAAAGUUCUCCUGACUGAUGGAUUGUAAAACUUCAUUAAUCCCCAGUAACCUUGUCUGUUUGCUAGGAUGGAUACAUACAGCUGUUUUAAAUUACAAGAGUUGCCUUUAAUGUUAUUUGGAAGCAUUUUAUAACAAAAAUGUUGAGCCUUUUGUCAUGAAGCAGUCAUCUGGGAGUUACAGCCAACCCCACAGUCUUCAGCGUAGCUCUCAAUCCAAAAAUCUGCAGUAAAGUGGAGAUAUGAGUGCAAAUGUCUGGAGAAGGGUGAAAUUAAGUAUCUUGCAUUGGACUCUCAAAUUCACAUUUCUCUUCCUUAAAAGUGAAAGGAUCAGUUAAAAAAAAAAAGGUUAAGCUAAAAUGUUCAUGUGUUUGCUGUCACUGUGGUUUCCUUUGUAGAACUUGUGCAAUCUGAGCCAUUCCUCAAAAUGAAAGCAGUGCUGAUGUAAUGCACAAGGAUGCAUUUUUAAGGCCACAAGAUUUGAUACAAAUUUAAAGUUAACGACUAAGGGCCAGAUCUCAACCAUUGUCUACUUCCCGCCCUCUUAAUUUCAGUGCAGAGAGGGGGCAGGCCAUUGAACCUCCAGAAUGCAGCCUUAGCCAGUACUUGUGCUUAUUUGCAAAGACAACUUUGAAGGGGAUAUACGCAAUAAAGACAUUGCUACUAUGCAGAAGCACACUUCUGUAACAAUAGAUGCAAAACACGUGCGGCACAACUGUUGACAGAUGGCUGGAAGGGUCCACAUCCUCCUGCUUGGACUGAAGCUUCUUCUGCGCCGCGCACUGGCUGCUCUUCUCCGGGGAUGGCAGGCGCAGUAGAUGAGCAUUCUCUGCAGCGUUGGAACUGGUAACACCUGUCGCUUUUCUUCAUAUCAAAGCACAUUCAUUAAUGGAUCCAGUCAACCUGCAGUAUUUUUUUUUAACACACCAAACUUGUUUACAGUGUCACGUUCAGCCUGACACUUUGGUACAGCGAUGUAUGGUCUAGUAACCAACUGCUUUUUUUUGGGGAUAAGAAGUCUAUGGUCAAGGUUACUGGUCACCAAAUGUCGCUGUGCCGAUUUAUGCACCUAGGUAAGCGGAGGUGUGGGACACAGGGAUGGAUGUACUAAUAAGGAAAGUGCCUUGAUGCUGGAUUGGAUUGCUAGUGAAUGUAAACAUUAAGUCAAAUUUUACUAUGUACUUUAAGCAUGGCUGCUUAAGCUCCUGGUAAUUUGAAUGCCAGCUUUAAAGGGCUUGUGUACUCCGGCCAGAGGUUAAACUUGUAAAUUGCUGCAUAAGCUGUCUCUGUAUGGAAAUGUGUUUUAAUACCAGUACACUAUCUUCAUUCUUUUGCAAGCUGCAUGUUUAUUGUCAUAUAAACUCUGCUUUCUACAAUUUAUUUUAUGGUCAGUUUUGAAUGUCUUCCUCUUUGUUACCCAACUGAGCCUGAAUGUUGCAUUUACCUAGUACAUAAUAUAUGAAAAGAAAACUAAACAAAAUCCAUACUUA